UCUCUCUCUUUCUUUCUCUUCGUAGCUUUCUCUCAAUCCAAUCUUUUGUUCAUCCAAGAAACGCUUUUUUCAGAACCAAAGCGGAAGAAGAAAAAGAAGGUUUUUCUUGAGACAAAUUAAUAAAGUCUAGAGAAGGGCCAAGUUGGUCCAAAACCAACUAAAAUGAUCGGAGGUGCCGAACGGAAAGAGCUCAAUUUGAUAAAUUUUGAAGAAACAGAAUUACGUUUAGGAUUACCUGGUGGUAGUGCUAGUAAUGAAAAUAAUAGUGAAGUUGAGAAUGGGAAGAACUCUUCAGGAAAAAGAGGAUUUUCUGAGACAAUUGAUUUAAAGCUUAAUCUUGAGACUUCACUGUCUGCUUCGAUAGAAGAAUCGUCGGAAUUAGUAUUAAUGGAUCAUCAUCAUCAUCAGAAUAAUAAUGAGAAGAUCAGUAAGAGUUCGCUAGUGUCCGAGAAUAAAAGUAUUAAGGAUAAAACUAGUGUUACUAGUUGUUCUAACGACGAUCACCACGCCAAGCAGUCCGCUCCCAAGGCACAAGUUGUAGGUUGGCCGCCAGUUCGAUCAUAUCGCAAGAAUGUUCUAUCUGUACACAAGAGCAAUACAGAAGAGGUCGGCAACAGCAACAACGUUGCCUUCGUUAAAGUUAGCAUGGACGGUGCACCUUGCCUUCGAAAGGUUGAUUUGAAGUUGUACAAGAGUUACCAAGAACUUUCUCAAGCCUUGGCUAAAUGUGUUUGUUCUUUGUUUAUGAAUGAAGGUAACUGUGAAACUCAAGGGAUGAAAGAUUUUAUGAACGAGAGUAAAUUGAUGGAUCUUUUAAAUGGGUCCGAGUACGUCCCGACUUAUGAAGACAAAGAUGGCGACUGGAUGCUCGUAGGCGAUGUACCAUGGAGGAUGUUUGUCGACUCCUGCAAACGCUUACGGAUCAUGAAAGGAUCAGAGGCAAUUGGACUUGCACCAAGAGCGGUGGAGAAAUGCAGGAACAGAAGCUGAAUACUAAAUCUCUUUCUAUCAUUCAAUCUGGAUAAUGACCUGUUCAUUGAGCUCCCGGUUUCUUCGAAAGCGAAAACAGACUGAAUUUUGCGGGAGUCUCUGAAUUUGUCUGUACUUUAUUUAAAUUGGGUUGCUAUAUAAAUUCUACAAGACUAAUAAAAAAUCAUAUUUAUUAUAUAAGGGGGUAUUGGUAUCAAAGAUUGAAAAUUGGAGGAAAAGAAAAAGAAAAAGAAAACUGCUAGUUCUACUGUGUGCGUAUGGGUUCUAUUCUAAGACCUAGCUGUAUUUAUAAGCAGCACCUGUUUUCUUUCUACUAUAAUGUUUUUAUUAAUCCGUUAC